AUAUAUCUCAAUCUCUCUCUCACACACACAUAUACACAUAGACAUUUUUCUCUGCUUCUUCAACCCUCACUAGAAAAAGAAGCAAGAAAAACCUCUCCUUUUCCUUCUCUACAUGAACAAUAUCUUCAAUUUCCCACUAUAAAUCGCAGCUCAAUCAAACCCAGAUUCCCGAUUCCUGAUUAAAUUCUCCCCGUCACUGUUACAGUAGAUGGUUUUUGUCAUACCUUUCUUUCUCAAUCAAAGAUCUUCACUUUCCCUUCAUGGCAAACAACCCUUCUGAUGGUUCAAGUGACGAUUUUUUCCAACAAAUCCUAGGGUUUCCUUCAUACGCAGGAACGGACGGGAACUUGGCGGGAAAUGAAACCGGAAUGGUCGGAGCACCGCCUCCGAUGAUGUUACAGCUGAGUUCCAACGACGGGUCUGCUCAUCUCGGUGGCGGUGGGUUUCAUGGAGGAGUUUUUCCGUUGGGUUUGAGUUUGGACCAGGGGAAACCAGGGUUUAUGAAGGUCGAUGAAGCUUCGGGAAGCGGUAAGAGGUUUCGAGAUGAUGUUAUCGAUGGUGGUCGAGUAUCCGUGUCAUCCGUGAAAACUGGCUUUCCUUCUCAGCAAAUGUCUGGUCAAGUGGCUGCAGCAGCACCACACCCACCUGCAAUUCGCCCACGAGUUCGCGCAAGACGCGGGCAGGCAACCGAUCCACACAGUAUAGCUGAGAGGUUGCGCAGAGAAAGAAUAGCAGAAAGAAUUAGAGCAUUGCAGGAAUUAGUGCCUAGUGUCAACAAGACUGAUAGAGCUGCCAUGCUUGAUGAAAUUGUGGAUUAUGUGAAAUUCUUGCGUCAACAGGUCAAGGUUUUGAGCAUGAGUAGACUAGGAGCAGCUGGUGCUGUGGCACCUCUAGUAACUGACAUCCCAAUAUCUUCUGUGGAGGACGAAUCGGGCGAAGGUGGAAGAAAUCAACCAGCGUGGGAGAAAUGGUCAAGUGAUGGAACAGAGCGACAAGUAGCCAAGCUGAUGGAAGAGAAUGUAGGAGCUGCAAUGCAGCUACUUCAAUCAAAGGCCCUCUGCAUUAUGCCCAUCUCAUUGGCAUCUGCAAUUUACCACAGGCAGCCACCGGAGAGUUCCUCAAUGGUGAAACCGGAGACACAUCCCCCUCCUUAGGUAAAUUAACUGGGCCCCACCUUCGUCUUAUAUUGCUAUUCAAAGUCAGAAUUCCACAAUUCGAAUAGCUGUUCUUUUCUUUUUCAUUUGAAAUGCAAUUAAAUGUUGUUAAAUGUUGGUUCUUCUAGCUUUUUGAAAUAAUAGUAGAUGCUUUUAAAUAAGAGCCUAACGUCGUUGCCAUA